AUGAAGGUUGGCGACGUCUUCGACUUGACCCUCCCGCCAGAGCUGGCCUUUGGCGCCAAAGGGCGACGCGCGAGUGCAGGAAAGCCUGCUAUUCCACCAAAUGCCACCAUCAAUUACACGCUCGAGCUUUCCACCAUUCCAGGCAAGGAACGCGAGUUGCUCGAGGAUAUUGAAGACGCUGACAUCUGACUGCCCGUCUUGGAAAAGAAGACUAUCGCCCUCCGACCGUUUCAAAAUAUAAACUUAAUCCCUGCCUU